UGGAGCUAUAAGCUGUGAAGUGUGCCUGACAUACGAUUUACCUUUUUUAAACACUUAACGCCAAUCUACAUAUGAGUAAAAGGAUAACACCAAUCAAGCGCAUCCUGGAAUUGCACUGCAGAUCAAACUGUGGACGGCUUUUCUCACAUUUUGUCACAUUCAAAUACUAAAGAAAGACCUAACUUGAUGGAAUAACGAGUUUUGAAUCGAAAAUAUGGCAAAGAUAUUAUUACAUCUGGUGCAUUUGUUAUUAUUUUUAAAUUCCAGUAUUGGAGAAGUUUCAUCCGUGGAGCCAUCCGACAUGACGCAGCACGGCAGCAAUAUCGAACAGGCUACGGAUCACUCUUCCGCGCGCGAAACCGCAUCUCGGGACAUGGUCUCAAUCAAUAUGUUCAAACUCUAUGAAAAGUACAGUAAGGAGCCUCACCGUUAUCGAGACGGAAAUACCGUGAGAAGUUUUAAAGCUAUUCCAAGAGUCUACGCGAACAGCGUGUGGUUCCAUUUCAACCUGUCGACCAUCCAGGAGUCGGAGGUCAUCCUGUCCGCCACAUUCCACUUCCUGGACCAGCGUCCCCGCCACCGGCCCUGGAUCUGCCGGCGCUCCCGAAACGCUUCCUGUCGCCUCCAGCAGCUUCCCCCGUCCCAGCUCCUCUUCAGAGGAACGUCCCCGAACUCUGCCUUUGCCUCCCCGUUGGGCAACGUCACCCUGCCCCCUCCCAAGAGAGGAUCCUGGCAGACAAGGGAAGUCUCUGGUGUAGUCAAAGAGGCCCAAGUCCUGGGAGAGCUCCUCAUCUCUGUAGAGUUUGACUUUGGGGUGAUGCCCCAGAGGAACCAGGAGCGCCUCUCUCCAGCCAGCCUACCAUACGUCCUGGUGUAUGCCAACGACAUGUCCAUAUCUGAGCCCAACAGCGUGGCCAUGACCUUGCAGAGGUACGGGCCUUUCCCUUCAGGCGAGGAGCCCACCCGGUCCCCCAAUGCAUCUCCUCCAGCCUCCAGGCUGAAAAGAGAAGCAGUGUCCCCCCUGGACCAAAUACAGAACAAUGACCUGCCUGAAGUCCAGUUUCACACCCUGAAGAACCAUGAACUAUGGGAGAGCACUUAUUUUGCUCCCAAGAUUAAGCCCUCAAUGAAACAUGGGCGAAAGCAAGGCCAGGACAGCAGUGACGGCUUGAAUAAGCCCCAGGUGCUGAGCUUUGAUGAGAGAACCAUGAAAAAGGCUCGCAGGAGACAGUGGAGUGAGCCCAGGGUCUGCGCCCGACGCUACCUGAGAGUGGACUUUGCAGACAUCGGCUGGAGCGAGUGGGUGUUAGCCCCGAAAGCCUUUGAUGCCUACUACUGUGCAGGCACCUGCAGAUUUCCUAUUCCAAAGGUUCUCCGGCCCUCGAACCACGCCACCAUCCAGAGCAUUGUGAGGGCGGUGGGAAUCGUUCCCGGCAUUCCGGAGCCCUGCUGUGUUCCGGACAGGAUGAGCUCUCUGAGUGUUCUCUUCCUGGACCCCAGCCGGAACAUGGUGCUGAAGGUUUACCCCAACAUGUCUGUGGAGACCUGUGGCUGCCGGUAGAACCACCCGGGAAAGAGCCUCAAUGCAUAAAUGCAUAAAAAAGAUGACAAUGAAUCAGACAGAGUGGAGCAGGAGAGACAUUCAGUCAAUAGAGUACAAAAAUAAAUGCAUCUUUGGAUGAGACUACAAUGGAUGAACUCGCCAUGGAGGGAGAUAUGGAUUAUAGACAAGGGUUUUACAGGUGGUGGGAUGCAGAGAACGCUAUGUCUGACCCUCCGAUGAGUGUGAUUCACACAGGAUUUCCUCUGUCAUUCAGCAGCUCGACUGUAGGUGAAUUGGGGACUGUUUGACUAACUAUCAGUUCCAAGCCUUCAGCCAUCCAGAGCUGGCUCUUGAUCUAUACCCAGACUCCAGAGUAACUCAAAUACUGGACCCUAUUACCAUAUACUGCACUUAGACUAUUGGACUUAAGUCUUCCUACGGCACCAGACUCAAAAGCUCAACCUCUGUAAAUAAUCUUGUAACUAAUACAACUAAAUGGGCAUUUUUUUUGUAAAUAAUUGAUGGAAUCCUAAACUAUGCUUUGCCUGUCGUUUAUGUAGUGUUCACUAGGUGUUUGAAAUAAUCUGCUAAGAUAAAUGGUUAAUGCAUGAGAGAUUGUACUAUUUUAAUAAAUAAUUCCAUAUCGUUUUCUGACUGUAUGCAUACUGUGGUCAUCUUAUAGGUACUCACUGUGGAAUAUCAAAUGUAAUGGUUGCAUUAGUUUGAAUUAGGGAUCGGCUGUCAUCAUUUUCAAAGAAAAGGGAGAUACGCAGCACAUUGCUGCCACCUGCUGUUUUGAAAUAGAAAAUAGUUACAAAAUUGCCAUUUUUGAAGAUGUGGACCUGAGAUUUAUUGUUUUGAUGUUAUUGAUGAAACAAUUCACCACUAGUGCACAAUUAUUACAUCUGACAUUUUCAACAUCAUACUGUAUGUACAGUUGAUUAAUGUAAAACUACCACAAAGGUGUUGAGAAUAUUGUGCUAUGUAACUUCUAUUUCCCCAUUACAGUUUUUCUCAAUCGCUUUGGCUCAUUUUCUGAAACUGUCUGAACAUUCUCUAAACUGUAAGUACAAUUGUCACAACUGUUUUAUGGGACAUCACAACUCUAUUGCACCUCUGCAAAAAUGUAGUAACUCACCCAAAACAUUUCAUUCAUGCUUCAAAACCUAAUUACUGUGUCAGUGAAUUGGCCAAUGCCACCAAAAUGAAAAAAAAUGUUGUCAUCGUGUGAGCCAUACUGGUCAAAAUGUUUAGAUGUUUUUUCACCAUGACAGUCAACCCUGGAAAUGUUUGUUAUACACAUUUCAGUUUUGUUCUACUUUUUUUGUAGACACUGACUGCUUAAUAUAAAAUACAAGAAUGUCAGUUUUGUCUAGCUGAAUGCUAUUGUGUAUCACACUGAGCUUUUUAGAUACCGACUUCAACAGUAGAUAAAAGUUUACUGGGAAAAGUCAAUACUGUACAUUUGUAUGUAUACAGUAUAAAAAAAACAAUUGUAGCAAUGUGUUACAUGUAAACAGAAAAUUCACAUUUGCAUGUUCAUUUUUACAUAUUUCUUACAUGUAAAGUCAUACACAGUGAACAGAAAAGUUGACACAAAAUGGUAGUUCUGUAAAAAAAACUAUCAAUUGUACCUCCUCGCAGUACGUAACACUACAAGUUCCCACCUUCUUGGUGGACAUCCUGUCACUCUUGUUGGCCUGGCAGGUCCUUUUCCAAUUUAGCAGACAUCACAAACAAUCCAUGUCAUAGAUAUUUAUGGAAUAUACAUGUAUGUCUGACAGAUUUUGAUCAUUCAAAUGGAUCAUUUGGCACGUGAUGGCUCACACGAUGAAAGAAUGCUUAGAAGUUGUGAAGAGUAUGACAGUUUCACUGAGAAUCAACUCGUCAGUUUUGAUCAGCCAUGUGCAUGUAGUUAUUGUGCAAAUUGUAGACAAUUGUACUUACUCUUUUGCACACGUGCCAAAACACGUGCAAUUUGCUUAAAAGAAAAGGAAAUUCAAAUCUGGUGUGAACAAGAAAGUAACUGUUCAGAGAUUUGUUUUGAAAAAAAUAAUUCUCGUUCGAGAAUUGAGCCAAAGCCAUUGAGAGAAACUGUAAUUGAAUUGUGAAUAUGUCCGUUUUUUAUCGUUUCUGCUUAAAUUGCCAAAAUAUUGCCUAGAUUGACUGUAAACUUAAAUGGAAAUAAACUGAAUAGAACAUAAAGUAUAGUUUGUAUAAUGAAAAACAUGGAA